UAUCGUUCUUCAAAAGAAUAAUUAACUCAUUGAGCUACGACAGUAGGAUUUGAUUUAAUUGUUUAGUACGUAAUAAUUCCCGACAGGGAUAGCUAGCACAGUAGUGAUAUCCUGGCUGUAGAGAUAUGGAUUAAAUUGAUUGGGAUAUGUGAAUUAAUUUGGAUAUGAUAGGUAGUGAAUUCCGGUGUUUCUCCCAGAUCUUUCUCUCAUUGAAUUUCCCUCGACAAGUUUACUUUGCUUAAUUAGUUUAUUUUGCUUUUAGAUAAUUAGUCUCGUUAAACCAUUUUCACCUAUAGUUUGCUCCACAUAAAUUGAUAAAACUUAAGGUUGUACCAGUCCCUGAGAGACGAUACCCGGACUUUCCGGUUUACUACGAGAUAGGAAUUGAAGCUAUACGCUUUUGCCCUAUCAAGUUUUUUGCGCCGUUGCCGGGGACUGCCAUACCUUAUUUUUGUUGAUUUUUGUGAGUGAACUAUUUUGAUCUGGGUGUUAGUGUGCAGGUGAAUUUUUCAGGUGUAUCCUCCUCGUGCAUGCCAAGGAGGACGACCGGCAAUUUACUGGCACUUGAUCCAGAGAUAGAGAGGACCUGCCGACAGAACAGGAAGCAGGUCAAGUUAGGGAAGCAGCCAACCACAACCACAACUCCUAGGCCUUCCCUAACCAAGAAUCGUCAACAGAGAGGGCAGGCUUCAUCACCUGUCGUCCCUACACCACUGACACCACCACCUCGUGACAUUGAGCCAGACAUCAUGGCAGACGAGGAUCGAUCAAUCAGGGCUCGUUUGAAUCGAAGGACUAGAGCCUGAGCUUCUUGUGUUGUCAUUUCGGGUGGGGAUGCAACCAUGGAAAUUACCCCAGCAUUUAUAAACAUGAUCACCAAUGGAUAUACUUUCUCCGAGGCUAACAGUGAGGAUCCUCACGAGCAUCUCUGCCGGUUCGCGAGCAUAUGCGAUACCAUGAAAAGCCCCAUAAUAUCUGAUGAUGCAAUCCGUCUUCGGAUGUUCUCAUUCUCCCUGAAAGGGAAUGCAUCACACUAGUUUCCGAACUUAACACCACGUUCCAUCACGACAUGGGCUCAGCUUGAGAAGGUCUUUCUGGAUAAAUACUUCCCACCUUCCUUGGCAAUGAAGAGGCAAGAAGAGAUUGUUAUUUUUAAGCAGGCUGAUGAUGAGAGUCUGACUAAGGCAUGGGAGCGCUAUAAGGGGCUAUUGAUGAGAUGCCCAAGCCAUGGUCUUGAAGAUUGGAACGUGAUCAUUAUUUUCUUCAAUGGAAUCAGAAGGGAGUUCCGGGAUGCCCUGAACAAUGCUUCUCGAAAUGGUUUCACAAGCAUGGAUGCACCAGGAACAUAUGAUCUAGUAGAGAAGAUCUGCUCAGAAGCCACUGAAUGGGGUAGUGAGACCAAUAUUCAAAGAAGAGGAGGCAUGCAUGAGAUAAACAGAGUUGCGAGUCUAGAAGCCAAGAUAAAUGCCAAACUGGAUUCUAAGUUCGAUGCACUCGAAUGAAGGCUGGCCAAGAUU